AAGUCAUGCACUUGCAAUGCAGUCUAAUUAGGUAGCACCACCUUACGUUAUGUUACAAAUAACCUCAUUGGCUUAAUUUCAUAAUUUGCAUGGUGGGAGGAAGAAGCGUAAUCGAGCAUCAAACGAAGAAUCAAGCAUUCCAAGCAAUCAGAGCAAAGACAUGGAGCCAAUUCACUGGUUUAUGGUCCUAUGGAUCACAUUGAGUCUAAUGCUCUUCCAAAACUCAAGCAACGUGGAAGGGAGAUAUCAUUUCCACAAGAGGAACAAAAGCUCCCCUGCUCCUUCCCCUGAGACUGGAGAGCCAGUUGCUCCUUCAACCCCAAGCCUCAGCCCUCCUCCUCUUCCAAAUGUGCCCUCAGACCCUUACCCUGAGGACCCUGGAAAUAAUUCUUCUGGUUCUUCAGAUUGUGUGUUCAAUGUCAUGAAUUAUGGGGCAGUUGGUGAUGGCUCUGCUGAUGACACUGCUGCAUUUAGAGCGGCUUGGAAAGAAGCCUGUGCUGUAGAAUCUGGUGUGGUUUUCGCUCCUGCAGAUUACAGCUUCAAAAUUACUUCAACCAUCUUCUCAGGUCCUUGCCAGCCUGGACUGGUAUUCCAAGUAGAUGGGAUUCUGAUGCCGCCGGAGGGGCCUCAGACUUGGCCUAAAGGAGACAGCCAAAAACAGUGGCUUGUGUUUUACAGACUUGACCAAAUGACUUUCACUGGGAGUGGAACCAUUGAAGGCAAUGGCCAAAAGUGGUGGGCUCUCCCAUGCAAGCCUCACAGGGGUCCUAAUGGAUCCACAUUGCCAGGACCAUGUGACAGCCCUGCUUUAAUUAGAUUCUUCAUGAGCAACAAUUUGGUGGUGAGAGGGUUAAGAAUCCAAAACAGUCCUCAGUUCCACAUGAAGUUUGAUGGCUGUGAAGGUGUACAGAUUGAGAAGCUGUCCAUUUCCUCACCAAAGCUUAGCCCCAACACAGAUGGGAUCCACAUAGAGAACACAAAAUCUGUUGGCAUAUAUGACUCUAUGAUUAGCAAUGGUGAUGAUUGCAUUUCAAUAGGAACAGGCUGUGCCAAUGUUGAUAUAAGAGGUGUCACUUGUGGGCCAAGUCACGGGAUUAGCAUUGGGAGCCUUGGUGUGCACAACUCCCAGGCAUGUGUUUCCAACAUAACAGUGCGUGACGCUGUCAUAAGGGAGUCCGAUAAUGGAGUCAGAAUCAAGACAUGGCAAGGCGGGGCGGGCAGCGUAUCGGCCAUACUAUUCGAGAACAUUCAAAUGGAGAAUGUGAUGAACUGCCUACUAGUAGACCAAUAUUACUGCCUAUCAAAGGCUUGUCGGAACGAAACUUCAGCAGUUUAUGUCACAGACUUGACAUAUAGAAACAUAAAGGGCACAUAUGAUGUGAGGAUGCCUCCAAUUCACUUUGCCUGCAGUGACACAGUGGCUUGUACAAACAUCACACUCUCAGAAGUUGAGCUUUACCCACAUGAAGGAGAGUUGAUGGAUGAUCCAUUUUGUUGGAAUGCUUAUGGGACUCAAGAGACAGCCACUAUACCUCCAAUUGAUUGCUUGCAAGAUGGAGAUCCUGAGAGUGUGGCUGAGAUGUCCCAGUAUACUUGCUAGGGUAAAAUUUAAUUUACUUUUGGGUUGGGUUAUUUCUAUAUUUAUAGUAAAAUUUACUGUUUUACUGUAUAGAGCCCAAGAGCCAUUUAUCUGAUAUGGGUCUUGAAGUUUAUUACUUAGGCUCCCAUCCCUAUUUGGGUUUUCCCCCUUAUUGUGUGAUGAUGUGAUUUACCAUUUGGGUCUUCUUUUUUGGCCCUACAAAUAUUGUAAUGAGAUUGGGUGCUUACAUGUAUUGGCAUUAUAUGGAUAAUGGAUUUUUAGUAAUAGUUAAGAAUUUCAUAGGGA